AUGAGCGAGGCAACUGUAGUUUAUAUUAAUAAUCCAAAUGCUUCUUCGGCAAUUGUCCCCGUGAAACGUAGGCGUGGUCGUCCGCGCAAGCAUCCUAAAGUGGAUCAUCUUGAUCACAGCAGAACUUCCCAUUCUAAUUUUUCAUCUGGAGGAGGGGUCAACGGGAGUCAUCAGCCCAAUUCAGUGAAUAAUAAUGACAUUAUGCUUGGUCAACCUGUCGUUGGUGUUAUCGAAGCAGUGUUUGAUGCUGGGUACUUGCUCAGUGUCAGGAUUGGCAACUCAGGCACCAAUUUGAAGGGUGUUGUAUUCAAACCCGGGCACUACAUUCCUGUUUCAGCUGAGAACGACAUUGCCCCUGAUGUUCGAAUGAUACCAAGAAACGAGUUUCCUAUUCCUAGAGAAGUUAAUACACCGAUCCGUCGCCGUCGUUAUCGUACUAGAGAAAGGAAUGGGACUUCUCGUGUGACCCCACGUGCGGUGGCCUCAAGUGGCAACCAGGUACUGCCUUUGAUAACACAAACUGCUGCUUCCCCUGGGAUCUCUAGAGGCAAUGUGGUGCCUGUUGUGCUCCAUCCUGUUACUACUGUGUCAAAUGGGGUAGCAAUCAACACCAGCGAGCCAUCUUCGGUUGCUAUGGCUCCUCAUAUGAUGACGGCUAUCUCUAAGGGGAAGGGUGUUCCAAAUGUAGCUGCUGAUCCUUUAUUAAGUGGACCGUCGUCGUUUGCACAACAGCUGGCAGAAGCUGAAAAGCAGGCUCAGACCAGUUUUGUACACAAUAGUUCAACAACAACGAAGCCUCAGCAUGAUGCAGGAGGCAAGUGUACACAAUCCGCAGUAGGUAUGCAUUUCGAGAAACUUUUAUCUGACGUGAUGAUGAAGAGAGUUGAAAUACCAUCAUCAGAAUCGCCAGAAAAUAAUAGCAGCUUUCCUGGUACUUGUUUGUCUGUGAAAGAUUCGGGCCUUGCUAUGGGAGAUGACGAGGAAGAAGAAGACGAGUACCAAGAAGAUGAUGAUGACGAAGAUGAUGAGGAGGAUGACGAUGACACAGAUCAGCCUCUUACUGUUGAGCCCCUGCGGUCUAUACAGCCCAAUCUUAACAACCCACCUGCUGAUGUCUCAGCCCAGCAUAUGGGGAGCUACAUGACAGGCAAGAUGACUGAGCUAUUACAGGUUGUGCAGAAGAACGUGAUGGAAAACCAGGUAGUGCAGGCUGGGCAACCGAGUCAGUCUGGAACUGAGCAGGGAGUGAAAGCCGAUGGUUUAUAAAACUUCCCAGAAAACAUUGCAACCCAAAAUCAUGGUUAUCAAAAGAGGUUGUGGCAGUAGUUAGUUGUUGCCAUUAAAUACAGACAGUCCUUGGAUUUAAGAGUAGCCGAUAGUGGUUUUAAGUUUCAACAACAUAUGAACUUGUGAGGCUGUAGAGAAACUGGAUGUUCUUACUGUUUACAAUCCUAUAUAUGAAGAGAAGGGACGCAUUUUCUUUGAGAUUUGACAGAUGUAUGUGGUCCGCCUAGCAGAAGAAGUGCAAAAGCUUGCUGUUCCCUGUCUAUCUACGGCCUCUAUGGAGAUGCUCUCUUGUUUUUUUCUUAUAUCCAGCUGCGAGUUUUACGAUCCUCCUUAUCACCCAUACAAUGUCAUGAACUUAAACUGCAUUGACGUUUUGCGGAUGACCUUCUCGCAUCUUAGGGUUGGAUUCAUCCCGUGGAGGUGCAUGAUGGUGACUUGAUUCGUUCUUCAACUGUUG